AUGUACUUGUUAACUCAGGAUCAAGCCAGUUCUUCAAUUUGGAGGAAGCAUCAUGAUCGUACCUCAUUCUCCCACAAGCAACAUGAAGAAUUGGAAUCUCCCUUCAGCCAAACCGUGUUUCCAGAUAAAAGUAUCCAGAAGGAACUUGCUUUGAAACUCAACAUAGAGGAGUCAAGAAUGAAGAUUUGUUUCAGGAACUGGCAGUUCAAAUUGAGGAAGCAGCAGCAGCAACAACAGAGAUCACUAGAGAAACCAAGCCAAAUCCUUCCAGCCAAGGAGAAUGUGCCCAUCUCACCCAGAGCAAGCAAAAAUCCUUAUUCUUUUUUUCCUGUGGUUUCACAUUCCUACAGCUUCCUUCCACCUCAGCCAUUAGGCCCUUCAAAUUGGGCACUGGACUCUGACUUCACUGGGAAUCCCACAAAUGAAACCAAAAUGCAGGAUCCACAGUUGGAAAUGCUUGUGGCCUCAGUUCCUGUUUUGUACUCCAAUGCUUAUGACAUAUCCCAAAUCAUGGAAUUGUACAGUUUUCAAGAUAUCAGCUCUUCCUUCAUCUGUCUAUAUCAGUAUCUCUCACCCACAAGACCUCAGCCAGAAGGACAGGGUAAUACGCUCAGCAACUUUGCUGGUCCCGCUAUAGGUCUAUCUCCAGAGCGAACCUGGUCCAGUGGGACGAGCCAAGGCUUUGAAGUCUACCACCUAAGAUACAGCCUGGAAUUCCAGAACCCCUCCAGUAUGGUGGACUAUGGAUUUCUAUAG